CACUGGCGUUGCUGUGAAGAUGGCGGCGCCCAUGGAGCCGCUGACAUUGGCGGGCGGAGUGGAGUUAGCGUGAAGCGCGGGGACACAUUCCCCGGAGACCAGGGUUACGGGUAGUUAUCCCGGGAAGAGAGGAAGGUGCGGGUAUCUACCCGGGGAGGGAAGAAGGGUGCGGGAAUUUACCUGGGGAGAGGAAGGUAUCGGUAUUUACCCUGAAAGUGAAGGAAGGUGGGAGCGGGGAUUUACCCGGGAGUGAGGGUGGGAGCGGGGAUUUACCCGGGAGUGAGGGUGGGAGCGGGGAUUUAUUCCCAGAGCAGCCCGGCAGAUUGCGAGGAUGAAGCUGAAGGAGGUAGCGCGCUGGAACUUGCGUGUCUCCCUGGUCUACGCAGUCGGCAUCUGGACCAUGCUCGGCGCCUACGCCUACUUACAGUUCAAGAAAAAGCGAGAGAAGGCAAUGGUCGAGAGCAGCACUGAGAUCUCUACAGCAACUCUGCCACAGGAACAUGAAACGAGUGAUGAGCCACAAAAGAAAACAAAGAAACACUUCAUGGAGGAACAUGUUGUGGUCAAGGAAGGUUUCAUCCCCUUUUCAUCCAGAAUCUACAACUAUGCAAAGUCUUUCUAUGACGGCUCAUCUCAUCAUUCAACAGAGAAAAGCAAUUCAGAAAAAUGACUGGUUCCAGCAGCAUUGCUGAAGGUUUAUGCUCGGCCCUUGCUUGAUGCACUAAGGACUUUUCAAAGCAUGUGCCCUCAAUAUUGCCUCGCAUUGUGCAAACUUCAACAGACUGCUUGAUAUCUCUUGUAGGCAAAACUCUGUAUCAGUUACACUACAGUAACAGCCCCACCAGUUGGGGCAGCACAGUGGCGCAGCAGUAGAGUUGCUGACAUAGCGGCAGAGACCCAUGUUCGAUCCUGACGACGGGUGCUGUCUGAGCAGAGUUUGUAUGUUCUCCCCGUGACCAUGUGGGUUUUCUCCAAAUGUGCCGGUUUCCUCCCACUCUCCAAAGAAGAACACGUUUGUAGGUUAAUUGUCUUCGGUAAAAUUGUAAAUUGUUCCUAGUGUGUCGGAUAGUGCUUGUGUACAGGGAUCAUUUGGUUGGCACGGACUCUGUGGGCCAUUUCAGUGCUGUACCUCUAAACUAAACUGAACUAAGUUAAUCUUAGUAAUACUGUACAGAGAUUGCCUGUCUUCAGUGAAUAGCGUCCAUUGGAUCGACACUGUGGUGACAUCUUCUGGACUGCAACUUCAGAAGAAAGCGGGUAUUUACAGAUUGUCAGCGAGAUUACACCGUGAACAUCUAGCCGCCAUAUUGUCACACAUAGACAAUCAAUCGACAGUGAUCUACAAUCAAUGCAAGGCCAUUUUCCUCCAUUUGUUCCUUUCUCCAAAGACCUUGGUGAUCUAUCAGCGCUCUCCUCGGUUGCUUUGAAAUUAGCCAGUUGGAGCGGCUGAGGCGAUUGACCCUUUCUUUCUGUCAAGAAGGGUAAUACCUUUUUAAAGCAUGAUUGAAAUGCAGCCCAGAUGAGAAUACUUCACAUAGAACAUUACUGCCUCUGGGCACAAUGUAUCAUUUUCAUAACAAUACAGAAUCUUAACAGUACAUAUUCACAACGCACACUCAUGCUUUUUGUUACAAAGGUCAAUUGAUGAAAAAAA